CAUGCUCAGUGGUCCGCCGCUGGCUUGCGUGUAGAUGUUAUGGCCGUCGCGAUGCAGACGGGGGACGCUCCUCACUUCCCUGCGGGUCUGGCGGAGGUGAAUAAGAUGAUAAUCGAGCACGGGGACCUGUUUUCUGACUCCCAGUGCAAAGUCUGCAGCGCUGUCCUCAAUUCCCAGUCUCAGAAGUUGACUCAUUAUCAGAGCAAGAAACAUGCCAACAGAGUGCGACGUUAUCUUUCCACCACAAACGGAGAGGAGCAAGUGAAUAAAAAGUUAAAGACGUCAUCUGAAAGUGAGGCCUGUAACAAUGGAGAUCGCUAUAAGGUGUGUCAUAUAUGUAACAUGACAUUCUCUGCUCCUGUGGUGGCCGAGUCUCACUACAACGGCAAAACUCACGCUAAGAACCUGAGGCUGAAGGCGGUCGGUCCCCACCCCCCAGCAGUCGCCUUCCAAACUGCACCAACGGUUCAGCCCAAGAAGAAACCUGCAGAAGAUGUGAUCGCUGUGGCUGCGACGAGCGGCGGCGGCGGCAACAACAACAACAAUGACAACAACAACGACAGCAACCCAGACCGCUUUUGCUCCAUCUGCCAAGCCUCCUUCAACAACCCACUCAUGGCCCAGCAGCACUACGUGGGCAAGAAGCAUCGAAAGCAGAUGACCAAGCUCAAACUGAUGGAGACGUACGGUCCCUCCACGGCACCAGGUUCCACACUAAAGGGCUACCCAUGUGCCGUCUGCAAGAUUGAACUAAACUCGGUGGAGCAGUACCAGUCUCAUAUCAGUGGUUCAAAACAUAAGAACCAAAUAAAGAAGUCAGGCCAGAGCACUGCAGAAACACUACCAGCAGAAGAAGAAUCGCACGGAGGGAACAACCAGGUCGCCAGCGGAGACGGAGACCAAUACAAGGCCGAAGAUGACCAGUUUGCCCCCGUGGACGACCAGCUUGCAGCUGGAAAUGACCAGUAUGCCCCUGGAAAUGACCAGUACGUUGCUGGAGAUGACCAUUACGCUUACGGGGAUGACCAGAACACGGGUGAAGUAAACAAGUACACCCCUGAGGACACGCUGUACUCAGAGGAAUGCCAGUUCUCCUAAGGCUGGACUGGGUCAUGGCGGCUGAGGUUUCAGUCAGGACUUGGAAUGACACACAGCAACCAGCCCCUUUAACACAUUAACCAACCCUCACCAUCCACCGACCUCCAGCUCCAGUCUAUUCCCAGUAGGUGGGUUAUGGGAGAGUCAUCUAAAGCGUGGGUUUGAUUCGUGGAAUUACCCUGUGGUUUAAAGCCUUUUUGCGUUCUCAGCUGGAACGGCUGAAUAUUUCUAUUGUUAGUUAGUUUUCUCAUAUUGAAAAAAGUUGGUGUUGCAGUGAUGGUAAGAGGUUACACCCUUCACCAUGUGAUAAUGGGCUUAGAUGUAGAUCCACCUACGGUCACAAUGAAGAAUGUUUCUGAGGGUUCAUCUGAGCCUCUCUUUGAAAAUAAUAUACUGACUGAAACACACUCUGCAUAUGUACCCUAUGGCUGAGUUUCAUCAGAAAUAUGUCAAUACUGAUGCUGUUUUUAUGUUAAGUACUUCAGUGCUGCUGUCAGACACAUUUCAGGUGAGGUUUAAAACUCAGCCAUGGUGUGCAUAUACACAGUGCCUAUCAAAAGUAUUCCCCCCGACCCCCCCUGGAUGUUUCAUCCUUUUGUUGCUUUUAUACAUGAAAUCAUGGUCAAUAUAAUUCCUUCCUUCAUGGCAACUUGAAAACAGAUUUAUACAAACUGUCAGUUAAAACUGUAUAGUGUCAAAUAAGUGGUGGCAUAAAUACCCCCCCCCCCCCCCGCCCCCCUCCUGGACACCCAACUCUGAAGGAGUUCAAAGCUUCAGUGGCUCAGAUGGGAGAGGCCGUACAUACAGCAACUGUCGCCCGGGUUCUUCACCAGUGGAAGCUGUAUGGGAGAGUGGCUAAGAGAACGCCACCGUUGAAAAAAGCUCACAGGAAAUCCGGCUUGGAAUUCACCCAAAGCCAUGGUCAAUUGGAAGAAGGUUCUUUGGUCUGAUGAGACAAAAAUGGACCUUUGUGGCCAUCAGAGUGGACUUCUCAGCAGCAGGCCCUGGAGGGCUUGUAAAGUACGAGGGGAACAUGAAGGCAGAAAGAUAAAUCCUGGAGGAUAAUGUGACUCACUCUGCAAGAGAACUACGACUUGGGAGAAGAUUUAUUUUCCAGCAAGACAAUGGUCCCAAGUUUACAGCAGAGGCUACACAGAAACGGUUCAAAGACAACAAGGUGAAUGUUAUGGAGUGGCCAAGUCAAAGCCCAGAUCUCAACCCAAUCAAGAAUUUGUGGCUGGACUUGAAAACAGCUGUUCACGCCCGAUCCCCGAGCAACCUGACUUAUGCAGGAAAGAAUGGAGAAAAUUUUACUGGCCAGUUGUGCCAGCCUGAUUGUCUAAAAAGCCAAAUUAUAUUGACCAUGAUUUCAUGUAUAAAAGCAACAAAAGUGUUAAACAGCCAAGGGGGCUGAAUACUCUUAUAGGCAGUGUGUGUAUAUAUAUACUAUACAUAUUAUAUAUACAUAUGUAUAUUAUAUAUAGAUAUAAUAUACAUAUGUAUGACACUAGGAAGGCUAACUGCAUUUAUUGAACUUGACUUAAAGUUUGGCUUGAUGCAUUAGUCACAUACAUCGAUGUAAUUUAAUUGUUCAGUGUUUACUAACAUCUAAUCAGCACUAACAUAUUACAUUUCAAGGUUAGUACAGUUGGUUUACAUCUCCAGUGAAUGGAUUUGAACUAUCACCUCAGUUUCACUAUUUCUGGCACUGAAGAUGGACGUGAAGUCAAAAGCCAGAUCAGUCACUGUAGCAGGUGUGAUAAUGUCAUUGCUGCCUACACAUGGAAAAACUUUCUACGGCUUUCUGUCAAGAUAUGUGUUACCAAUCCUUCUUCUAAAGGCCAAGAAAAGUUUCUGUUUUUAUAGAUUUUUCUUAUUGCAUUUUUUUUAUUGUUUGUUGUAAAUCACUUAGUCACACAUGGUUGUUUAAUUAGGUAUCUAUAAUGUGUCAAUCUAGACGAGGCUGAUUCUUCUCUGGAGGUCCAGAACUCCCCUCAGUUUAACCGUUUUUAUUAUUUGUUGCUUCUUAUUGUUGUUUUUUAAUUCUGUGGGUAAAAAGUUGGUUAUUUUUCUGCUCACCAGAAUUAAUUGUGAGAAAUCUUUAUUUCAUCUACUUAAAGAUUCAGAUGUCAGUGGAACGGUUUCAGGCCGGAUCCCACUAAGCUGCUAGAACCUAAAUUUCAUCCUCUACGGCAUCAAAAAGCAGCAAAUGAUUGUCAAAAGUGAAAAACUAUUUUCAGAGGUUAAUGUAAUUUUUUUUAAACAUAUUGAAUUUUCAGGCAUCUGGACAGUUUAAGUUAGAAAGUGGAGAGUAAAGGGAUAUUUUUGAAGAAUUUUAACAGAAGCCUCCCAUUUCAAACACAGUGGACAUAUAAUAGUUCUGGGUUCAUGCUAAUAUCAGCUGUUUUACACUGUUUGAGUUAGAUUCUUGGUUUUCUGAAGUGUAUAAGAUUUUUAAACACUUACCCCCCCCCCCCCCCCCCAAGUGAUGUCAACAUAACAAGAGCUGCUUUCUGUUUCAAAUCGGUUUGUCCUCAUGAAAUGACGAUUGUUUUCGUAUUGAAUGUUUUGAGCGCUCAUGUGUAAGGAUUAAAUUUAUAUCAAGAGGGCUCAUACUGUAUAGCACAUUGUGUACAAAAGACAAAUGGUCAUUUUAUUGUCGUCCUCAUUCUUUGUGUUUUGUGAUAUAAGAUUUACUUUCGGUAUGUUACGUUCACUUAAAGAAAAAGUGCCGUGAAGAUGUUAAUCGAGUAAAGAAAUGUUUUGCCAGA